GUUUGCGAUGGGCGAAUUCACUCGUUUGGGAUGAGGGUGCUCGCCUGCCCCUGCGCGACAUUGUGGGCCGCGGCGCACACCAAGCACAGCGCCACCACCACCCUUGUCUCCUCCACCGCCAGCACCGCCCAGGGGAUUCUCGCUGCCUCUUGAGCUUGGGCAUCUGGAUCGCGAUGAUCCAGCAGAGAAGGAAUUGGGUCUACCAGCGUACAGAUCUCAUCCAGAGAAGCAGCGAUGCCAAGAGCGCGCUCAAGCUCUACUGGCGCGCGCACCAGCAAUUCCUGGGCGUGGAAUCCACAGGGAUCCCUCCAGACGGCAGUGAUCGAGAGUUGGCGCCUCCUCCACCCGGGGAUCGCCUCGCCGAGACGUGGAAUUCGAUCGAGGAGAUGGGCGUGGCGGUGCUGGAGCUCUGCCUGGCGGCGCUGGCCAGCGGAUUGGCAGGCGGCAAGAACCGCUACGUUCUCGAGAAGCUCUUCCUCAAGAUGCAGUACGCGCGCCUCCCAAUCUCCAAGUUCCAGUGCCGCCGCUUACUCCUCCAAUGCGGCGGCACCGCCAACGAUCACGUCCUCCUCCGCGCGCUCUACGCCUUCAUGCACUGCCGCCGGAUGCUCACCACCGCGCUGUGCAACCACAGCAUCUAG